AUGGAAGCAUUGCAAUUAUCACGUGCUGCUUUAAAUCCUGAUCUACGUUUAAAAUAUUUCUUAGAACUUAUAUCUGAUAAAAGUAAGCGAACACACUAUGAAAUAUUACUUUCAACACAUGAUAAUAGUGUAUUCAACGAAUUAGUUGAUUAUGAAAUUCUUAAGAGUAAUGAAAAAAUUGCUAAAAAAUUUCGAUUACUUAAAUUACCUCGUGCUAAAUCUUCGGAUACAAAAAUACAUUAUGGCCUGGAUGUAAAACAAUUACCAGAACUUAAUUAUGGUUACCUUGUUCAAUUUUGUAAAUAUUUUGAAUAUCGAAUGAGAAAUUUAAAUUCCUUAUGUGUUAUGUGUGGAAAACGUACAUUUGAUUCAAGUGAUAAAAAAGCUUCGAAACCAACAAUCUGUGAUGAUUAUGAAUGUUUUAGUAAUGCAAUGGAUUCAAAAUUUCGUAAUGAUCCUCUUCCGCCAUCAAUAUUUUCGAUUGAAAUUGCAGACUUUCUUCUCUUACUUGUUAAUGCAGCAAUUUAUUCUCCUCGACAUGCACUAAUUCUUGAUCCUUAUCCAAAACUAAUAAAUCCAUAUAAUACAUCAACAACAUUACUUGAUCAAGACGGAAAUAAAGAAAAAAAUAUUGAAGAACUAAAAAAAAUAAUAAAUGGUAUGAUGGCAAUGGGAUCAAUAACACAAUAUGAAGCUGCUAAAAUAUCAUUAAGAAGUAUGAUUGAAUUAAAACAUCCAUGGGGUUUUUCUUUUUUUCACUGGUUAAUGGGAACAAAUCGUUAUCAUUUUUCAUUAAUUCCAGAAAACUAUCGAAUUAAAAAUGUUGAUACAAAAUAUCAAUAUUUUAUAAAACAUGAAGAUAUUGUUAAACAUGUUAAUUUUAAAAAAUUACGAGCUGAAAAAGGAAGUAUUUUUGCUUUUCAUGGUUCACCACAAGAAAAUUGGCAUUCAAUUCUUCGUUCGGGUUUACAAAUUGGAAAAGGAGGAUAUUUAAUAAAUGGUGCAGCAUAUGGUGCCGGUAUUUACGUGUCACCUAGUUUUGCAUUUUCAUCGUCAUAUACCCGAUCGCAUUAUUUGUAUAAUCACAGAGAUUCAUACAGUAAUCCUAGUGAUUUUAAUUCAGAAGUGAGCUUACGAUGAAACUCAUUAAACUGUCAAAAUUCUUUUAUAGACUAAAUAUUUGUUUAAUCAAUAAGUGACAAAAAUUUUCUUUUUUAAGUGCCAUACGAAGAAACUAUCUUAACUGAGACUCGACGUUUGAGCUCAUUUUGGAUGCAGAAGGGAGUGUUUGUUAGGCUAUCAAAAGUUUAAGGUCGUUCGUUCCCAUGAAUCUUUGGCCCCUAGCUAUAGCAAAUACACUGGAUUUUUGACUUAUUUGUCAGUGGUUCUCGAAAAAGCCGAAUGACAGAGUUUCGAUCUAAAAACUGUGUCUGUAGAUAAAUCUAAUGACUCUUAGAAUUUUUUGAUAAUAUCAGCCGCAAAGAAUGUUUGCUCGUCGACUUACUGAAUUUUCGAUUGAACCUGACUUUUAUAUGACAUGCCUAUGACAAAAGACUAUUUUUGGAAAUUCUAUAUUUUGAUGAAGGAACAUCCAUGCCCACUAAAACUAUUAGAGUAUUCUAAGAGUCAUUAGAUCUAUCUAUAGGCAAAACUUAGAUUGAAAUUCCAUGAUUUUAUUUUUGGAACAGUACCUGUAAAUAAGUCAAAAAACUAGGACGCCUAUCAUAACUCGCCUUCAAAAGUUCAUGGGGACGAAUCAUUAUAGACUUUUGCUAGUCUUACAGAGAUCUCCUUCUUUCUGAUCCCAACAUGAGCUCAAAUAUCGUGUGACAGUUGGAAUAAUUUUCGUGUCAAUAAUAUUUGCAUUUCUUUAGUUUUUGAACAGAGAUAUAUGCAUAUCGUUACUGAUAGAAAUUUUUCUUCCUGUAAAUAAGUGACAGCGUACAUAUUUAGAGAUAUUAUGUAAUUUAAGAUUAGUUUAAUAUUACGAAUCAAGGUGGAACAAGCUGAUUACUAAUACUAGUAAUCAAUUUGUAAUCACGAGUAAUCACCAGUAAUCACCAGUAAUCACUAGUAAUCACCAGUAAUCACUAGUAAUCACCAGUAAUCACGAGCAAUCAUGAAACCCGAACCGUGGGGUCCUCAAGUCCUAUUUUUGAAAAAAAAAUUUCUUUUCGAAAAUUUUUUUUUCUUGCAGGAAUAGACUUUUUGAGAAAAAAUAAUUUUUUUCGAAAACACUCCAAAAUUGUGUUCUGAAAAAAAUUUUUUUAAAUGCAGAAAUAGGCUUUUUGACAAAAAAUAAAUUUUUUCCAAAAAACAAUUUUUGCAACAAAAUUUUUGGGUGUUUUGGAAAAAAUUAUUUUUUCCCAAAAAGUCUAUUUCUGCAAUAAAAAAAAUUUUUUUUCAAAAAAGGACUUGAUGACCCUAGGGCUCGGGUUGGGGACGGAGAUGGUUACGAAACCGUUACCACUUACCCGGGAACGUAACGGUAACUUCCCACCCCUAAUCACCAGUAAUCACUAGGAAUAAUUGGUAAUCAAGUAAUCAGUUUGUUCCCCCU